GGGAGCUUCAGUGUUUUUUUUUUUUAUUAUUCUUUUUUUGUUUCAUGAAUUUGGUAUGAUAAGGUGUUUUCAACCUAUAGUGUUUUGAUGUGUUUUGGUGUGCUAAACAGAUGCGGAGAAGUUGCACUCUUCACUUUAUUAGGAUAUUAGGGCUAACAAAAUGUCACUAUAACCACGAAAAAAGAAAAAAGAAAAAAUACAGUACAUAAAAGAAUCUCCAUUUUGCUGCAUAAACCCUGACCCAAAGCCAAAGGACAAGCCCUUCCAAGCCUCAAAACCCUAAAACCAGCAAUGCCAUUCCUUCAAUCUCUCUCUCACCUCAAACCUAUCCUUCCCUUUCACCUCCACCCAAAACCCAUUGAUUUCAUUCCCAAACUAACCCGCAAGAACCCCAGAAAUGCCUUCCCAGUCCUCUCAUGCUCAGCCACCGAGCAAGAGCUCCUCCAAGCCGUGUUGGAGUCCGACGAGAAGGCCCUACCGUGCGUUAGAACCUACGAGACCGACUUGGCUAGGCUGGUUCUGGCCGGAGCCGUCGACCUCGAGCAGGCCUUGACCGCUGCAGCGGCCGACGGGGGUGAAGCCGCCGCCGAGCACAUCGAUUCCGGCAUGCCCGCUAUGGUCGUCGAGACCGUCUUUCCCGGCCCUUCGGACGAGCGCAGCACCGUCUCCACCCGGCUGUUUUUGCCUGCUCAGAGAGUGAAAGAAAAAGCCAAAAAGCUCAGAAGGUCUAUCCCAGAAGAUAUGCUGACGAGCACUACAUCUAGAAAUAUUCUUUCCAUGACAUUUAGACAAGUAGUUCUGCAGCAGCUUUGGAACUUUGAGCUUCUUAUUUUUAGACCUGGCUCAGAAAGAAACAUGGAGGAUCUUGAAAACCCGAGAGAGCAGGUCCCUGAAUCUUUUAGCCUCACCUCAUCAGAUGAAAGGGUUAUCUCUGUACUUGCAGAAGCUGUUUGCAUUUCUGCUCUUCAAAGCACUGAGAAGCAUUUCCUUGAUAAUAUAUUGGGCAAUCUUUCAAGUAAUUUCUUCCGCUGGUUUCGAAAGCCCAAAAGGAUUGCAUCAAAGGAUUCUUCGGUCAUCAUAUACCAAUUAUUUGAGGAUUAUGUAGUUGAAAAUGCCAAGACUCUGUUAGAAAAUUUUAAUUCAACAAAGGAACGCUUUAAGACCAAGAAAACAGAAUCAAAUCACCAUUGGUGGAUGCCAUUAGGAUAUGCUGAAUUGGAAAAGAUUGGUGGUCCAGAGUUCAGUGCUUGGACAAGUGAGUAUGUUCCUGCUUAUAGGCUACAAAUUGACACUGAUAGGCUCAGGAAUAUUAAAUUUAAGGGCUGGAAAAAUUCUGCACAGAAUCGGUGGGAAGUACUUCUUACCCACUCCCAAAUGGUUGGAUUGGCAGACACUUUAGAUAUGUACUAUGAAGAUAUUUACUCACUGCCCAAUAAACAGCUAUCAUGUGGCCUGGCUGCAAAUUUUGCAAACUUGUCCAACAAAAAGAGGAGCUCUUCGUUGUUGAAAAUGCUAUCUGUUAGCCUUGCGAGUGGAGUUUUUCUGGUUAUAAUCAGUGCUUUCAGUCAACUUGGUUUGCCUUAUCUAAGCAGAGGAAGGUACCCCGCGGAACAUAGGUCUCUCCCAUCAUCUGAAGUUGACUGUGCACUAAACCUUUCCCUGGAUACUAGAAAGUUGGAAGCAUUUUGCAUAUCAAUUGUUGAAAAGAUAAAGGACGCUUUUGGUUGGCCCGGUGAUAUAAAGACUGAAACAAGCAUCGGUUCCUGGACUGGGGAAUUACCAUCAUACUUGAGGAUGGUUGGUGAAGCUGAUUCCAAUAGCGAAGGCAAUUCAACUGCCCCUUUAGAUAAAAUUGACGCAGACAUGAGAAUUUCUGCACAAGAGAUUGCUAGUUAUCAGGUGGUUUUGUCUUCGGAUGGAAAGAUAGUUGGGUUUCAACCUAUGAGCCGGGUUGCUGUUAAUCACUGGGCUGCUAACCCCUUAGCAAAGGAGUUAUAUGGAGGGAGAAAGCUUUCUCCUGGUUUUAUUGAACCUGGUCCCAAGGUCAACCAUCCCAAUGAGCUUGUGGUAAUGGAGUUGCUCAUGUCAGUAAAUCCAGAUGCCUGUUUUGCUUUGGCCAGACCAUUGCGAUGAUCAUUGCCAGAUCUAUGCCCAUCCGUCGAGCUUUUUGAGACGCGCCUCUCAGUGGAGUUCGCCGUCGCUCUCUGGUCCUAUCGCCUUUAGCCACGGCCAUGUAGGUCUCCGGUGGUCGGUGCGUGACCUCCACGUGCCAAUGUUCUCUUUCUUUGUUUUUGCGUGUGUGGGUCACGGGUUUCUAUUUUUUGUAUUGGCCGGUAGUGGGGAUGGUUUUCGGCGGUCGGUUGUCACUGGGGGUGGUUUUGUGUACGACGUGUGUUAUUCAAGCGCCGGCACCGACGAUGAUUUUUAGAAGACGGCUUGUUUGAUGUUUAUGUUGCGUAUUUGUUUGUUGUAGUGCUCAUUGUAUUGUUUUUAUCUUUUUUAGGUAUGUCUGUGAGUUUUCAGAUAUUAUUAGUCUGUUUUAGGGCUUGUUUUGCCCGGAUCAGCCUUCUCAUCUUUAGGAACGGUGUUUAAAUGUAGAGAAUGACUCAAAUGCCUAGUCUUGUAAUAUUUGUUUAUUUGUAGGCAGCAUUCAAGUCAAAUUUUUUGGCUUAGUAGGUAGCGUGUGUUUAUACUCCUACUCACUGUAAUGUGCCCUUGGGCUUGUUGGUUA